UAAUAGUAGUAUCAUAAUAAACAAAAAAAUAUAACAAUGAUUAUAUUAUACAAUAUUAUAACAAUAAUAAAUUUAGUAUAUAAUGUGAAUUGUAAUUAUUCAAGCGUCAUUCAACCCGUCAUUUAUGGAGGUCAUCAGUUAAUAGUGAAUCAGAAUGGAAAAGUGGAUUUUAUGAAACCAGAAAUUAUUAGUAUCAGUAGUCAAUCACAAACCAUUCCACCUCAUAAGACUCCUGAAUUUAAACAAUCAGUAGGAGAUAUUUCAGAAGACAAAAGACAAAUAGCACAGAAUUACUUUUUUCAUAGCGUACAAAUUCCAGAAAGUUUAAUACAAUUUCUUCUUGAUCGAUUUGUUUCAAUAAGUUAUACACUUCAUGGAUUUAGAACAGUAAAACCAAGGCAUUUAUGCGGUGGUCUACUUAUUAGUAAUGAAUGGGUAUUAACUGCAGCUCAUUGUAUUAGUCCAUUUCAAAGUAGUAUUAAAAGUCUUCAAAUAUCAAAACUACGUCAAUACAUGGAUAAAUCAUCAAUUCAUUUUAAACCUAAUGAUAAAGCAAAAUCGAUUGAUGCAUUAAUUCUUCAUCCAAAUUUUACACAAGGUCAAAGUUUAUCACCAGAUAUUGGUUUAAUUAAAUUAAAACACUCUAUUCUUGAUUCACUUACCAAUGAAAUUUAUAAUUAUGAAGAAUUGAAACAUUUUUUAUUAAUAAAUGAUAAACUACUAAUAAGUAGUCAAGAAUAUAUAUGUAUAGUUUCAGGUGUUGGUCAUUUAAAAUAUCGCGAUAUAAAGAAUACAAAUUCUAAUAAUUGUAUAAGUUUCUAAUUAAGAUAAAUAUAUAAUUGAUUCAUUUUAUUUAGUAUAGAUUUUCAUGUUGCAUUUGUACAUCUUGAAUCCUGUAAUGGAUUAUGGAAGAAAUUACAAUUAGAAACAGAAAUAAAACAAAUCAAAAGUUAUGAACAACAACAAGAAUAUGAAUGGAUAAAUAUUUGUAAACAAAGUUUCAUUGAUAAUUCUAUUGGUCAAAAGUGUCCUUUUAGUUAUUUAUGCGCUGGUGGAAGAUAUGUAGAUGGUGAUACAUGUCAAGGAGAUAGUGGUGGACCACUUUUAUGCAUUGAAUCAAAAAAUUAUUCGAAAUUUAUAAAGGUGAGAGGUUUAUUUUAAACGUUUUGAAGUGGAUUGUUUCAAAUAAUUUAGCGGCGAAAAUGUAUUAAGAUGUUUUUAAUAAAUGACCAAUUAAUUCAAUCAGGACUCAGUAGCUAAAUGGAUAAUGCGAUGGCGUUUGAAGUGAACGGUACUGGGUUCGAGUACCCGAGUGAACAUCAAAUCUGAGAUGCAGGUACGUCCAGCUGAUAAGUCUCAAAUUGGACGAUAUGCGAGUCAAAUUGGAGUUCACUGCUAGCCACUAUCCAUCUUUGCUUAGAGAAAAGCUUGUGACUUAAGGCUAUAUCGAGGCAAUCCGCACAGGAUGCACAUAUGCCAACAUGAGACUGAUCACUUGCAGUUCUAAAUAACAAUGGGAAGUUACAAUUAAAACAACACCAGGUAAACAUAAAUAGUUUUGUUUCAUAUUCUGAUCCUCUUUUAUUUCUAACUUCGUUUUAUUACAAACGAAAUAUCCUUUAAUUAUAUAUACAUAAAUAUUUAUAGAUAGUUUCUUUUAACCUAUUUACCAUUCGGUAGAAAUAAGGUCAUUUCCUAAAAUAAUCAUCAGUGCUUUUGUUGUUGUUGAGAAAAGCAAAAUUAUUAUUUUCACUUAUCCACAAACUGGAUAUGAGACAACAAUGUCUUUUUUCUAUUCAUUAAUUGUAUAUUAUAUCCUUUUUGAUUGCUUCCUUCUCUCUCUCUCUUAUAACUUUUAUGGGAAUAUGAAUAGAUUGUCUUACCAUUCAAUAUAGCAUUGAGUGUGUUCAAUAAACGUAAGAGAACCAAUUAUCAGAAAAGCCUAAGACAAACUCCCUUUAUUACUAUUAUUAUUAAGUAUGAACUAGUUAACGAAGUUUAACAGCGAUUACUGUAAUUUGUAUUAUUGAAUUCGAAAUAAUUCAAGCGAUAACUAUCAUUCGAAAUAUCUCAUUCAUGCCUUGAAUAUUAUUAUUUACCACAUCAAUAUUUAUUUGUAUAUGUUUAGGUAUGCUCAUACAUAUAAUUUGACUCUAGGAAAUUAAGUAGGCAUAAGUAGGAAAAGCAUAAUGAAAGGUUACAUUGCUUAAUACAUGAUUUUAGUAUCUUGACUAAUUCAUUUUUGUGUAUAUGUCUUUAUGUUGAAGUUCUUUUUAAUAGGAAGAAGGAAUUGUUUUUCAAAGGAAAUCUAGGAUAAACAUACACUACUGAUGAGUAACUGAUGUCAUGUCCAUGAGGCUUUAAUGAAAGUUGUUUUAUGUUUAAUUAUGGAUGUAAUACAAUUGAAAAAGUACGGUACGGAAAAUUAUCACAGGUGAAAUGAAAAUGGCUUCUUGUUGACAUAAUUUAUCAAGGAAUGCAACAGAAAAAUGGAUCUUUUAACAUUGAAAUAACAUUAAUCGCAAUAAUAUAAUGAAAUUAAGAAAUUAGAAAUCGGAAAACGCCAAGAAUUUUCAACAGUGACGAUCUUCGAUGCUCAAUAUCCUUGUAGCUUAUAAACUACUGUUGAGUCAAGCUAGUGGUUAUGGGAAGAAGUGUAAGGAGCUGAAGUACACAUAUCUUAUCUGAUUAUUGUCACCAGAAACGUAAAGUAAUACCAGUUUGUUUUUAAGUGUUGCAUUAUUGUGUGAAUUGAUAGUGUCAUUUUCAAAAUAUUCUUUUUAACCCUUAGAAAUGGUUCGUUGUUGGUAUCGCGUCAUCAGGAAUUCAGUGUGGUUUGAAUGGGAUCCCAUCAAUCUAUACACCAUUAUAUCCCUAUUUGGAUUGGAUUGAAUCCAUUACAGGCUACGGAAAACUUAAAUCUUUCGAGUAAACUUUGUGUUUACGAUUCGGACUACUUUAAUCUAUUUCAGUAGCUCUACAGUUACGAGAAUAUUUAUGCAGUUUAUUUGUUUUACACGAAUUAAAAUUGGAUGAGUUAUUUGAUACUUGUCUUAGUUUUCUUUCAUCGACCGUGGUAAAGUGUUAUUUGCCCGUCUAGUUAGUCAAACUUAUCUUAUGUCAGGACAGAUGUAAUUAAAUGACUG